AUGCUAAAAUUGCUUCUGAUCAUUGCCAUCGGGAUACACCGUUCAUCGCCAUGUGGGAAGGUAGACACUCAGUUCUUGGUCGUUGGAGUGGUUGUUGGAUUCAUCAUUCUGUCUUUAGCACAUCUCCUCGGAUAUUUCUUUGGACAGAAAGCUUCUACGCAGGUCUUCCUUGACCUCACCUCCACCCCAUUGCACUCACCCAGAACCCCAGAACCUGCGAGUUUGAGGGGCGGGAAGACACUCUCCGAAAUCUAUGAUACGCCGAGGCCCAAGCUCUUUUUUCAGGGAGGGUACUACGCCGCCUUAAUCCAAAAGUCAUCGCCACGUCUUCUUCCUAGAACGGUCUUGACUCAAGUAGCCAUGGAUGAUCCAAAACUCGUCCAUGGACGAGUCGUCCAGAGAUGGAUGAAAGUCCAGAAACGGUCAUCCUUUGGAUGUUCUUAG